AUGAGGAAAAUAAAUUCACUGAGGCAAUUCAGAAAACCCAAACCGACUGUGUUUGUGACUCCUCAGAGCUCCGUCUACACUGGAGACACUGUUACUCUGAGCUGUAAUCUGGUGUCCACUGGAUGGAAGUUUCUCUGGUACAAAGAUCAGAAACAGAAUCCCCUGUCCCCUGAAGGCUCAGACACCAACACACUCACUGUGAAAGUCUCUAAUAAAGGACAAGAAAAUUACUACUGUAAAGCAUGCAGAGGAAAGUACUUCGACUACAACUACUACCAGUACAACUACAACACAGAGAUGAGUGAACCAGCCACAAUUACAGUGAGAGCAAGACCAAAGCCUGAAGUGAAAGUACAGCCAGAUGACCAUGGCUUUGUGUUUACUGGAGAAACUGUCACUUUCUCAUGUGAGAUAAAGACUGGAGGAUCCUGGGAGUAUCACUGGUUCAGGGAUAAUAAGGAACUCCGAGAUGUUAAAGGAAUGAACAGCUACAUAAUCAGUGAUGUUAAAGAGUCUCAUAAAGGUGUUUACACAUGUAAAGGAACACAGUCAUCAGACCCACAAUACACAGAGACUAGUGAUGCUGUUACACUGACUGUAUCAGAGAGUCCUAAACCUACAGUGACUAUAAACCCUGAUAGUCAGGUGUUCAUAGGAGAGGCUGUGACUUUCAGGUGUGAUGUACAGGAAGGAAGAGACACUGAGUGGACGUACAACUGGUUUAGGGACAGUAACACAUUGUACCAAUAUUCCACAAAAAAGGAGUUCAGCAUCAGUUCUGUUACAGUCUCACAUCGUGGUCAAUACACCUGCAGAGGGAGGAGGACAAGUGACUCUCAGAUGUCAAAGAAGAGUGAUCCUGUUACACUCUCUGUAUCAGAAAAACCUAAACCUCAACUCACAUCAAACCAUAAAGGAGCUGCACUGACAGGAAACUCAGUGACUCUGUACUGUACACUGACACCACAGUCUGCUGGAUGGAAGUUUUACUGGUACAAAUACACAGGGAGAGAUUGGACUGAGACUAAAUACAAUGAAACAGACUCCUACACCAUCAGUUCAGUUAUUCUCUCUGAUGGAGGUCAUUACAAGUGCAGAGCUGGAAGAGGAAACCCAGACUACUACACAGUCUACAGUGAUGUACUCUGGGUAAAUGUUAUUGGUGAAUCUUCUCCAGUGUCUCUGAUCAUCAGACCGAGCAGAACUCAACACUUUAAUGCUGACUCUCUCUCACUGAGCUGUGGGGACCAGAGUGACUCUACUGGAUGGACAGUGAGAAGAUACACACAAAGUGAGACAUCGUCCGAUUGUUCAUCAGUUCCAGGAUCUACAUGUAACAUCAGCUCCCUCUCUACAUCACACACUGGAGUUUACUGGUGUCAGUCUGAAUCUGGAGGACGCAGUAAUUCUGUUAACAUCACAGUGCACAAUGGUGAUGUGAUCCUGGACAGUCCUGUCCAGCCUGUGAUUGAGCGACAUCGUUUGAUUUUACGCUGUUUAAAUCGCUCAAAGCUCUCAGAGUCUCGUGUUUAUUUUUAUAAAACUGAUUCCAUCCUCCAGAACCAGACUACAGGAGAAAUGAUCAUCAGUAGUGUCUCAAAGUCAGAUGAAGGUUUCUACCACUGUAAACACCCAGAGAGAGGAGAGUCACCGAAAAGCUGGGUUUCAGUCAGAAAUGGAAAAGCACCAACAUCUGUACUGAAGCUCCUCAGCAGUGUAGCAACAGCCUCCCUGUAUGUGCUGGUGACCAUCAUUCUGGCAGUGAAAUGUUACAGAGCUCGAGCUGAACCCGAUGAGGACAACAGACCAUACAGAGUGAUAGAAGCUGAAACGUCUUUCUGAGUGUCAGGUUAUAACAUUAUCUAAAACGUCCGUCUUUUAAAUAACAGCAGGUUCCAGUGCAACAGAGAACACAUACAUACAUGUCAUGAUGUAGUAAUGACUGGUUGUGAGGCUUUAAAUUCUCUAAAAGUGUUAAGGAUUUUUUAUUGAGUGAUUUCAUUACUUGAUAUACUGUAUUUUUACCAUGUUUUUCUAGCUAUAUGGCAUAGUUUGUUUUAAUUGAAUAAUAAUUUUAAGAAUAUAGACAGCAUUUACACAAGGUAGCAUUUAUAUAAUUGAAUAAAGCUCCCCCCCCCCCAUUUUUAAGUACUGUAAAUACUUGGGCAAAAGAGUUUUGUUAAAAGAUUUUUUGAAUGUGACUGAAUUUUGAUUCAGUGUUUUACCUCAUUUUGUUUUUGCCUGCAUCUGUUUUUGUUGAUCAACUUACAAUCUCCUGUUUGUUGACUUUGAUUCCAUCUGAAGUUUUGUAUAUUUUGCUUGAGCUGUUCCUAAUAAACCGACCACUGCAACUUG